AUGUCUGCUUCUUCUUCGCCUAGAGGGACACGGACAGAGCAGGCAGAGGACCAUCAGCAGAAAGACGCAGCUGCAGAUCUCUACUGUCAAAACAGUCCUAGCAACGUUUCAGAAGUAGAUCCCACACCAAAUCACGGUCACGGAGUCCUCGUGGGCAAUGUUUUCACGUUGGGCGACGUAGUGAAUCUUCCUGACACGAUAUGCGUCUACUUUCGCGGCACGCCUUCGACUUCAUCGGAUUCCGACGCUAUUGAAUCGAAACCGAGCAAUGUCGUCUCAGACGACAGGCGCAGUUGUAGAGACAAAC